AUGCCCAUAUUUCUUUGCAAGAAGCUAAAUUUGGGAGAGCCACAACCGGUCCAAUUCACACUUCAAUUUGCUGAUCGGUCAACAAAGAGCCCUAUUGGAAUUCUUGAAGACGUCCCAGUCCCUGUGGAUAAGUAUUUUGUGCCUUGCGAUUUUGUUGUGAUGGAUAUUAGAGAAGAUCCCAACAUUCCAAUCAUCUUGGGGAGACCUUUCUUAGCCACAACGGGAGCCAUAAUUAAUGCAAGGAAAGGAUCAAUGACUUUUUAUUUUAGAGAUGCGAAAGUUUCCUUCAUUGUUCUUGGUGAACCAAAUUCUCAUGUUGUUGGAAGGUGUUACAUCGUUGAUGAGAUUGAUAGCAAGACUCUUCACGAAGAUGAACAUCUUGAUCCCCAUGAUAAGAGAUCAUUUAAUGAGCAUGAAAUGUGGAAAAGUUUCUUAAGUGAUAGGAGGGACUAA